UUGAAUGAUUUGGGUGGCCAUGUCCGAUUGUACAAUGUUUUGUGUAUUGUACUAGGUAUUAAAAAUCGUUAAGAAUGGUUUUGUGUGUGUGAAUAAUAAAAGCCAAAAGAUGGUCAAAGUAAAGUGAGGAAGAAAAAAGGAAAGGGUUGCAAAAAUGAAUGAUGAUGGCGAUGAAAGAGAAACUAUUUGUGAUUCAGUGUCAUCACUUGUUGAGGGAUGUCGACUGCCUGUCCGGAUGCAAGGAGGGGACGACUGGCCUCUUGCAGAGAUCAUCAGUGUUAAGGAAGUGAAGGGCUCCAAAUGCUACUAUGUACACUAUGUGGAUUUUAAUAAGCGGUUAGAUGAAUGGGUGACUGAAGAGCGAUUGGACACAAGAAAGGUUCAGUUUCCCCGUAGAGAUGUACCAAGUCAAGCUGGUGGUACUGGUACGCCUAAGAAGCUGGGAGGUGGAAACUCACUGUCACGUCCGGCAUCCCCGCCUGGCGGUCCUGAAAUGCAGCUCAAUGGAAGCGCCGUUCUUGCAGCUGCCCUUCAGAAAAAAAUAUCCCGCAAAAGAAAAGGAAUAUCACUUGAGAGUGAGGACUCUCAGGAUGCAUCAGGCCCUGCAUCUACUACUGGCCCUGCAUCCUGUCCACGCAGUACUGGCUCUAUGGUAGCACAUCAUGAUGAUGUUGUUACACGUAUGAAGAAUGUUGAGAUGAUAGAACUUGGAAGACACAGAAUUCGUCCCUGGUACUUCUCACCAUACCCACAGGAGAUGGUUCACUUACAGUGCAUAUAUAUUUGUGAAUUUUGCCUGAAGUACCGGAAAAGCCGGAAGUGUCUGGAGAGACAUCUGGCAAAAUGCAACUUACGUCAUCCUCCUGGGAAUGAGAUCUACAGAAAAGGGCGCAUCUCCUUCUUUGAGAUUGAUGGUCGAAAGAACAAAGCUUAUGCCCAGAACCUCUGCUUGUUAGCGAAACUCUUCCUGGAUCAUAAGACAUUAUACUAUGAUACAGAUCCUUUCCUUUUUUAUGUUAUGACUGACUUUGAUUCACGUGGAUUUCAUAUUGUUGGCUACUUCAGUAAAGAAAAGGAAUCUACAGAGGACUACAAUGUGGCUUGUAUUCUCACAAUGCCCCCAUAUCAGAGGAAGGGCUAUGGGAAGCUGCUCAUAGAGUUCAGUUAUGAGUUGUCUAAGUUUGAAGGUAAGACAGGAUCUCCAGAGAAACCCUUGUCUGAUCUGGGUCUCCUCUCCUACCGCAGCUACUGGGCACAGACAAUUCUUGACUUCUUGGUUAAUGUCAAGCCAGUCGGGGAUAAUGAAAAACCACAAAUAACAAUCAAUGAGAUCUGUGAGCUGACGAGUAUCAAGAAGGAAGAUGUUAUCUCUACGCUGCAGAACUUAAACCUCAUCAACUACUAUAAAGGUCAGUAUAUCAUCACUCUGAGUGAGGAAACAGUAGCAGCCCAUCAGCGUGCCAUGGAGCGCCGGAAGAUUCGCAUUGACCCCAAAUGUCUUCAUUGGACACCCAAAGACUGGUCUAAGCGAGCAAAGUGGUGAGGAGUGAUGUGAAGCUGAUACGCUGCAAUGAGUACACCACUGCUUGGACACAUGUCACAAGAGAGCAGUGUUGUAGGGGUCCAUGUGUCAGUCUGCAAGGUCCAGUGUGUUUCAUUUAGUGCAGCACUUGGGAAAUCACCAGAAUUCACAGAAGUCAUGUGACCAUUCUGAUCAUUGUGCCAAAGAAAUACAUGUACAAUACAUAUUGCCAAGGCUGCCAUAUGGCUAAUUCUUGUACCAAAUAAGUUUGGCAACCGUAUGACAAGUUUGGCAAUACCAAUACAAAUUUAAUUUUUUUUAUAACUGAAAAUAAAAAUGUUAAAGCAUGA